AUGGGUGGCGGUAGCGAUGAUCCUUACACGAUCCCAACCGCUUCGCUCCACCGCUCGGCUUUGAGCGCAGCCGCAUGUGCAAAUGUCCGUGUUUCAUGUCGUUUGGACCCGACUAUAAAGGCAACAUGUGUAGGCAUUCGCCAUGUUCAACUUGGCCUACUGGGCCUACUACUUAUCCAGCAGUUCAAGAACAAAACUGUAAACAUCGUCGAACAGAUGAUAUCUCUCAACCACCAACGGGUCUCACUUUGA